AUGGAGGCCUCGUUCUUAUCCAUGUGCUUCUGUCUCGCUAUAAUCUUCCAUCAAGCCUCGGCCAUAAGCGAAGAGGCAUCCGUUCCGAACGUUCUGAGCCUUGGCCGGAAAGAGAAGCUGGACUUUUCUGGAAUUGUGCAUCGCGAUCGGAAGUUCUCGCGAACUCCGCCGCUCGGAUGGAACAGCUGGAACCAUUUCCAGUGCAAUGUUAAUGAGCACAUUGUGAAAGCUGCGGCGGACAAGCUCGUGUCAUCUGGGUUAGCAGCCCUUGGCUACGUCUAUGUCAACAUAGAUGAUUGCUGGCAGGCUGACUCACGUGAUUCGGAGGGUCGCUUGGCACCGUCUCCUCACUUCUUCCCUUCGGGCAUCAAGGCAAUUGCGGACUAUGUGCACAGCAAGGGGCUCAAGCUGGGCAUUUACUCCGACUCUGGGAGGCUCACGUGUGAAGGCAAGCCAGGGUCACUUGGGCAUGAGGCGAUAGACGCCCUCACCUUCGCUGAAUGGGAAGUGGACUACCUCAAAUACGAUAACUGCUUCAACGACGGCACUCCAAACAAGAUACGCUACACGACCAUGCGCAAUGCACUGGAGGCUACUGGGAGGGACAUAUUCUUCUCCAUGUGCGAAUGGGGGCAGGACGACCCUUCCCUGUGGGCGUAUGACGUGGCAGACUCCUGGCGCACCACGGUUGACAUUGGGGACUCGUGGCGGAGCAUGAUGCGCAUUGCAGACAAGAACAACAAGUGGGCCAAAUACGCCAGGCCAGGCGGGUGGAACGGUGAGUGCCAUUGGAAGGCUCAACCCGGACAUGCUGCAGAUGGGGAACGGAUACUCUCUCAUUCCUCCUAUCCCAACUCUGCCGUUGCUCUUCCUCACCCACCACCCUUGACAGACCCGGACAUGCUACAGGUGGGGAAUGGCGGCAUGAGGGAUUCGGAGUAUCGUGUGCACUUCAGCCUCUGGGCCAUCAUGAAGGCACCACUCCUGAUUGGCUGCGAUCUCUCGGUUGUAUCAAAUAAGACGUUGGCCAUUCUGGGAAAUGAAGAGGUUAUUGCUCUCAACCAGGACCCACUGGGCGUUCAGGCAAGGAAGGUGCAAGUCUCUGAAGAUUCUUUCAUGGAGGUUUGGUCCGGGCCUCUGUCGGAGGGUCGGCUGGUGGUAGCUCUGGUGAAUCGCAGCCCAAUCAGCUUGAAGAUCACUGCCCGAUGGAAAGCCAUGGGGCUGAAUCCUGUGCAGCGGAUGUAUGCACGAGACCUGUGGAAGGUACGUGGCUUGAUAAAAGGUGUGGCUUUCGGUUGA